GGUCGAUCCAUCAGACAUGCACACGCAUGCACCAGCCACACGGUCUUCAUGUGAUGCCUUGUCGUGUGUGACUCGACAGACACACAGCCUGACGUCACACAAACAUUUCAGACCCACGUACACAGAAACGCCGUGAGUCCUUGCCUGGGAAGCAGGCCACUCUCACCGUUACAGGACACGAGUUGCCUUCACGAGCACAAUCCUUCCAUCCUCAUGCUUCCGUCUGUUGAUGGUGAAGCCGCCCACUCGAGUGCCGUCGGGGAGCAGCGCAUGAAUGGCAUCGCCAAGGUCGCCAGGCAGCAUGUGAUACACCUCCACCUCCACCCCCACACGCAUCAGGCCACGGACACCGGCGGUGAGCAGAGACGUCAGUCCGUCGCGGAUGAUCUUGGCGGCGGCAGAGGCCUCCAGCCCAUGGGGCACUGAAUGACGACACACAGACAAGGAGGAUGGACACAAACACAAGGUGAACCGACGAGCUCCUUCCUGCACUCACUGCCCUCCCGGCAUACCUUCUAAGCGCAUUUCUAUCUCUCGAACCGACGGCAGGCCAUUCGACCCCCAGCCGUCAAAGGCGCCGCCCUUCAUGAGACUGACCGCAACAACAUCGACAGUGCCCUGCGGGAGAAUGACCGAAACUGAC